CAAACAUCGCGGGAGAGUGGCAGUGUCACCAGGCUUUACACGAGUUAUUUUAGAGAAUUUUUUUGUGUGCUACGUUAUCAUUUAUAUAUGUGCAGUCUGAUGAAAUUUCAAUAAUAGUUCGUAAUUUAACAUGUGAAAACCUUAAAAUGGGUAAUUUUUACACAACAGUAUCCUCUUCGACUAUGGAUUUAGGCAUGGACCAUGUGGCAAACGUUUCCACCAAUGAGAAUUUAUUUAUAAAUUCAUCCCAGCAUUCAUCAAAAGAUUUAUACGCGCUUGGUGACUCUUGGAAUGAAACUUCCCUGGAUGCCCCGUACGAGGAUUACGAUGACGAAGGCAGGCUCAUACUCUUGAGCACCAACGGCACAAGCAAUUUCUGGAGCUUCCCUGGCGAUUUGUCAACUAAAUAUUUGCUUAAUGCAGGCACAGCUUCAGUCCUGUUCAGCGGGUUCUACGCGCUGGCGGGGAUAGCGCUCUUCACCCUCUACCAUGCCGCUUACUUCGGCGAGAACGCAGUCAGGAGGAAGAGGGCAAUUUCAGAUGAUGGAGGAAGUCUCUUUGGAGUCCAGCCUUCAAAUUUCGACAAAAGCUUUGAGUCGUCACCCACGAACUUCUCGGCGCUCUUUGCUCUCGACGCCAAUUGGUGCGCGCUACGUCUGGCAUGCGAAUUAUCGGCCCGCGCUGCCGGCGCGCUAACCGAGGAUGAACGACAUCUCAUGAUGUACUUCAGGUCAGUAAUAACGGAGCCAGAUCUGCGCACGAUGCCACUUCCUUCUCUCUACUACGGAUUUGCUUCAUACUUGGGCUUCAGAUCAAAUGGCGACGGAGAAUGUGCGAAUUUUUACCCGAGAUGUCCGUUUGGUGCAAAUGAAAUGUUGAAAAUUUACACCAAAGAGAAAUCGGCGCCUGAUCAGGAGAAAUCGCACAACUUUAAAGCGCGAGCGAAGUCAGUUUUGUCGCGAUUCAGGGACCGAAACUUGGAUUUGAAUGACGGAAAAUCUACAAUUUUAAAAACGCUUACAGACUAUGAGAUACAGAGGCGUGAAGCAAGGAAGUCUAGAGUGGAGCAUCUGCUCAAGAGGAGGCAACGCGUUAUGCAGAGACUCGGCAUUGGAAGCGAUGAUAGAGAAACAGAAGAAAAUGAGUAUGAAAAUUGAAACACACUAAAUAAAGCCCAUGAUACUGUCCGUAAAACUAAUAAAACGAGUAAUUAGAUUUUUUUUAAAUUAGCAAACAAAAAGUAAAAGUAUUCAUUCGUCUCGAUCCUAUAGGCAUGUAAAAACUGUUUUAUGAAACAUAGGCCUAUCUACUUUAUCGCGGUCAUUUCGAAGCGAAAGGUUUGAUCCUUAAUUGUGCUUGAAACGCAUUCGAGUAUAAAUUGAAUGUUGAACAUUAUUACUCAAUUCACUUGGAACAUAUCAUUUGCGUGAAGUUUUUCAGGGUCUCCAUUGGGAUUACGAGCUUGGCGAUCCCUUUUUGCGUGACUGAAAAUUAGUUUUAUGUAAGCACAGCCUUCAACAAAAGUCGCUCGUAUUCGAUAGUUGCAAUCAAUGAUAUCUCAAUUCCAACAAAAUUUCCUUUCUAUCUCUGAUUAAAAUCAUACAAAUAUAGACAAUAUAUGCAGACG